UGGCUCAGCCACACUCGUGGCUUUUCUGGCGACAUCAUCUCGAUCAUUUCUACACCUUAAAUUGUAAGCACAGACGGUCUCUUGGUAAAGUCAUCUUGCGGUCUGCGAUCAUUGCUCACAAGUAAAUAUUAUUCACAUACCGGGCCCUCAUCGCUCUUGGAUUUCUUCUGCUUGAGGUGCAUAUUCAGGCACAGGAAAGGCACCCACCGGCAUUGCAUUCACGGCAGAGCUGCGAACCCUUGAACGAACAUACGCCUCCGGCGGAUCUUCUUCCCUUAGAGCCGCAAACUUACCCCACCAACCACCCUUGACCCUAUCUCACUCGCAACACUCUUCGAGAGAUUUCACAGUCAGCGCAACAACCAACCUAUUUCUCCCUACUUCCCGGAUCGUCGCAGGUAUUUUCCGCAGAUAUGGGUCUCCAUAAUCCUCUUCCCUCGUCUAUGGCGUCGGAAUGUAAGAAAUGUGGCAAGAUUCUGGCUUCCUUCGUCGACCCUCGCCAGGCUUUCGGUCCAGAUAAGAUCAUUCCUCCUCAAGUUCUCGCAAAUGCAAAGGGACUUGCGAUCCUCACAGUCAUCAAGGCAGGCUUCCUCGGCUCAGGACGAUAUGGAAAUGGGGUCGUGGUUGCGCGCCUUGCAGACGGCACCUGGAGUGCGCCUUCAGCUAUUGGAACCGGUGGAGCCGGAUUCGGCGGGCAGAUCGGGUUCGAAAUCACAGACUUUGUCUUCAUUUUGAACGAUGCCGCGGCCGUACGGACAUUCUCACAAGCUGGUUCUCUCACUCUCGGCGGCAAUGUUUCUAUAGCUGCCGGACCAGUAGGACGUAAUGCUGAAGCUGCUGGUGCGGCGAGCAUGAAGGGCGUAGCAGGUAUCUUCAGCUACAGUAAGACAAAGGGAUUGUUCGCUGGUGUCAGUUUGGAGGGAAGUGCUAUUAUUGAACGGCGAGAUGCAAAUGAGAAGCUCUACGGCCAGCGCUUUACCGCUGUUCAGCUCCUCCAAGGAUCUGUCCGUCCUCCGCCAGCUGCACAACCACUUAUGAGUGUCUUGAAUUCGAGGAUAUUUGCUGGAAUUUCUGCAGCAGAUGAUGCUACAUAUAAUGAUAUUCCGGUGUACGACGACAGACAUGACGAUGUAGUCUGGGAAGGCAGGAGAGGGAGCGCAUACGGAGAGGGUGUUCGGAGAGAUCGCACAGGAAGCGUAAAUCAGGAUAACGACUACGUAUACAGCGACAGGCCGAAACGUGCAAGUACUUGGGCGGACGAUAUCUACGACCGUCCCACUGGCAGUGCUGCGAGAGUAAAUUCCUUCAAUACUGGUGCAAGUACUAUGUCCGGGCGGGGACGUGGAGGUUUCGACGACGACUAUGUCUACUCAGAUAGUCCGCGAAGCCCAACAGGUACGGUAGGAAGUGGUAAAGUCGGACCAGGAAGACCUUCUGCACCCAAACCUCUCUUCCAAAGUAAAACUGGUUCUCUCCGCGAUAACGAGGCUGUGGCUUUGUUUACUUUUGAUGGGGAGCAGCCGGGUGAUUUGGGAUUCAAGAAGGGCGAUAUUAUUCAGGUCACGAAAAAGACUGAGAGUACGAAUGACUGGUGGUAAGUUACUUUCAGAACCAUUCAUUUCUCUGCGCGCCACUAACAUUAUAACAGGACUGGCAUCAGUGGAUCCAGAACCGGAAUCUUCCCAGCCAACUAUGUCGAGAUGAAGAAAUAGAUUCUUCCACUGUCACCAAAAUAAUGUCAAAUCUCCAGCCAUCUACCAUUCAUUUCUUCCUCCUUCUUAUCCUCUCUCUGCGGUCGCACCUCCGCAUGUGAGUUACAAUCAGCAUCCCCAAUUAGUUUGGCUACUUUAAUCCCUUUCCAAGCUUCUGGCGGUACUUGCGUUUCUAGCAAGCGAACGCAAUGCAAACAAAUUUUACAUCCUUUACGUACCUGCUAUUUCUGUUCGUGAAAUCUGAUAGCGGGAAAAUACAGGGUGGAGUCGUUGCAUAUGACGAAUGGCGCCUGGUGUUUACUUGCUUGUUUGCUCGCUCACAUAUUCUACGUCAUGCGAAGUUAUUAUACUGGGUGGCCAGCUAGUUUAGUGAUUUAAGACGAUUUGGUUGAUACACUUUGGAAGCACUUUACGAGAUAUUUUCGAGGAAGCUUUUUGAUUAGUAGCGAAUGAAAAGUAGUUUUCGAGCAAGUGUUAGCCCGCCCAAUGGUUCUUGCCAAGAUAAUACUGAGAUUAGUGUGGUUUCUGUGUACUUUGCCUGAUGUUGACAUCAUGAUUGGGAUUGGCAACCUCGCAAGCGAGAGUGGAUCUGGGGCAAAGUAAACAAAGCAAAGAUCAAUGCAUAAUUCACCAAAAAGCUCCCCUACGCCGACCAGAGGAGUCGAGUGUCCAAGCUAAGCCUAUUUCUACAAUUCAAAUAUCAAACGAAUUCCCAUGAAAUUACAAAUCCAAAUUCCA